GUGCGAGUGUAUGUGUACUUGCGUUUAAUUGUAUUUUGGUUUGGUUUACUGCUUUCAUAUAAAUUUCGCGGUGAGUGCUUUCUUUCUCCCGGACCCAAAUUCCAACGAAAAAUUGUUAAUUAAAUUGCUACUAAACAAAAAAUAAAAGAAGCAAAAUUAAAAAAUUUUAAAAAGUCCAACAAAUGUACGGAAAUUGGUCGUUUAAGCAAAAUGAUGUAUAAUACUGAAGACAGCUCCAAAAAAGGACCCACACAUUACAUAAUACGUGAGGUUUAUGAUAAUUCAAAUGCUCAUCAACAUUUUGAAGCUGAGCUUGAUAAAGCGCUAGAAGCUAAAGUAAAUUUUAUUGUUAUUGAGCCACCGCGUUUAGGGGAUGAAACUGGUCGCUGGAUUACCGUUGGUAAUUGCUUGCAUAAAACUGCCGUCGUGUCAGGAUUAGCUUCGUUAGUCUCCAGUUUACUAUGGCAUGAACGUCCUGUAAUCGCUGGACCUAUGUGCGCCGUGUCAUUAUUUUGUACGGGUUUAUAUACAGUAUCAUGGAAUACUGAUCCCUGCUGCCAGUAUCAGGUAUUAGUUGAAAAUGAUGAAGAAGUUUUAAAUAAACUGCCCCUGGCGGAUAUCUCGUCACCUGUGAUACUCAGCUAUUCGCCUAACACAAAAGUCAAGUAUUUACAUCGCUCAGUCACCUUACUGUCGGCUGCAUUUUGUGCUUGGCAAAUAUGGCGUUCAUAUAAGUAGUUAAGUGUCCGAGAGUUCCGAGUUCCCCGAUAGAAAGGCAUCAUAAAGUAAAGAAU